AACUUGGAAAACUAAAGAUGGGUUCCUGUUAGGAAUCAAUGGCCGUGACAACUUUACCUUCCCAAGCAUUCCCAUGUGUCUCCAUUAUUGUGUUCUUUUCUUUCUUUUACCCUCUCUAACUUAAUCAUGGACUGUUGGACAUGGUUUAUAAAUAUCCUCCUUUCCCAUGAUUUUUGUGUAUAAAUACCCAUUUCCUCUGGGUAGAUAUUUCAUAUUUCAUAUUUCAACUCAAAGAACAGAGGAGGGGUUGUGGAGGUAAAAAAAAAAACCACAUAGAGAGAUGGCAAUUGGGCAAGUUAAGGAUGUAGAGAGAGGGGAAAUCAAUGACCUUGGGGAUUUGGAGAGGCCAUUGAUAGAGGAAGAGAAUGUUGUUGGGUGUGAAAAGAACGAUGAGGGUGCUGCUGCUGACAGUGGAUCCAUUUGGAUGGUUUUGCUCUGCACAUUUGUUGCUGUUUGUGGCUCCUUUGAAUUUGGAUCUUGUGAACCAAAAACUAGAAAACGAAAAACAAAAAAGAAAAAAAAGGUUUGUUUAGCUUAAGUAAUUCUUUUGGCAGGUGGGCUAUUCAGCACCUACUCAGUCUGCUAUCAGGGAAGAUCUUAAUCUGUCUGUUGCUGAGUUCUCUGUGUUUGGCUCUAUAUUAACCAUUGGUGCAAUGAUUGGUGCUGUAACAAGUGGUAGGAUUGCAGACUUGAUUGGUCGAAAAGGGGCUAUGAGAAUGGCGGCUUGCUUCUGCAUUGCAGGAUGGUUUGCUGUGUAUUUCUCUAAGGGGGCUCUGUCACUUGAUGUUGGAAGGUUCUCAACAGGAUAUGGAAUUGGAGUAUUCUCUUUUGUGGUUCCAAUAUUUAUAGCUGAAAUCGCUCCUAAGAAUCUCCGUGGAGGACUCACAACAUUGAAUCAGCUUUUGAUUGUUACCGGUUCAUCUACUGCAUUCUUAAUUGGAUCAGUGAUAUCAUGGAGAGCACUGGCUUUGACUGGACUUAUCCCCUGUGUUCUCUUGCUUAUUGGACUCUUUUUGGUUCCUGAAUCACCCAGAUGGCUGGCAAAGGUUGGCCAUUACAAUGAAUUUCAUAUUGCCCUUCGAAAACUUCGUGGCGAAAAUGCUGAUAUCACUAAAGAAGCUGCUGAAAUCCAAGAAUACAUUGAAACUCUUGAAAGCCUUCCAAAAGCUAAAAUAUUGGAAUUGUUUCAACAAAAAUAUAUCCGCUCUGUGAUUAUUGGAGUGGGAUUAAUGGUGUUCCAACAAUUUGGAGGCAUUAAUGGAAUAGGUUUCUAUGCAAGUGAAACUUUUGCAUCAGUAGGACCUUCAGCAGGCAAAAUUGGAACCAUAGCUUAUGCUUGCAUUCAAGUUCCCAUAACUGUUAUAGGAGCAAUGUUAAUUGAUAAGUCUGGAAGAAGACCACUCAUGAUGGUUUCUGCAGCUGGGACAUUUCUUGGCUGCUUCAUGGCAGGCACUUCCUUCUAUCUCAAGGCCCAUGAUUUGUUGCUUGGAUGGGUACCAGUAUUAGCUAUUGGUGGAGUACUGUUUUACAUAGCAUCUUUCUCAAUUGGAAUGGGAGCAAUUCCUUGGGUGAUAAUGUCUGAGAUUUUCCCAAUAAAUGUUAAGGGAGUUGCCGGUAGCCUGGUGGUCCUGGUGUGCUGGUUAGGAGCUUGGAUAGUUUCAUUUACUUUCAACUUCCUCAUAAACUGGAGUUCCUCAGGUACCUUUUAUGUCUACUCUGCAUUCUCUCUUUUGACCAUUCUAUUUGUAGCAAAGUUCGUCCCAGAAACAAAAGGAAAGACACUGGAAGAAAUCGAAGCAUCCAUCAACUCAUAGAGGAAGCUAUAGGAGGGAAAAUCAACAGAUAUCCAAUAAACAAUUUCUGGAGAAGAUCUUGGAUACCAGAGAAAGUUCCAGUCAUGACACAACAAGAAUAGCAGGCACAUCCAUAUGUUUUGUACCAGUACUCCGUGCUGCAUUGGUACAACACAUAUGCUAGAAAUUACUCCUGGGAAAGAUGAAGUAAAUGCUUGGCUUUGUUUGUGUCAGUGUAGGAUAACUAGGAUAAGAAGUUUGUUUUUCCCAUGUAUUAGCUGCUGUGUUUUAAGUUCUGCAUUGCUUUGUAAAAUGGCUCUCUUAACGAGGGGGAGCUUAUAAAUUGAUUUUGCCAGUUAAUUGAAGAUUUAUGAAUUGCAAAAUGCUCAAAGUAAUAACUCUUAACUUUGGAA